UGUGUUGUGUUUUGUUACAGAUUCUGGCCUCAUGAUGUAUUUCUAUUUGGUUUUCGUAACCAGACAAAUCAGACGUUAUCUGAAGAAAAUUAUGUUACAGGGACUUACAAUGACCAAACUAUAAGAUCCUUUGAGCCUCUGGAACAUUUCAUUAAAGGCUCGAUUGUCACACGUGUCAUGCCCUCGAUCUACACCUUCAUCAUCCUCGUUAGUCUGCCCCUGAACGGUUUGGCCAUGGUGACGUUCACCUGUAGGAUUCGAGAGAAGAAACCAGCUGUGAUCUACAUGUCUCAUCUGGCGUGUGUGGACCUGCUCUUCAUCCUGCUGCUGCCUCUGAAGAUCCACUAUGAGAUGAAUGCUUCAAACUGGGUGUUCGGUGAGGCGGCCUGCCGUUUGGUCAGUGCAUCUUACUAUGGCAACAUGUACUGCUCUGUACUGCUGAUGAUGUGCAUGAGUGUGGACAGGCUGCUGGCCGUGGUAUUUCCCAUCGCGUCUCUGAACUGGAGGAGUGCAAGGAAAGCCACAUGUGUUUGUGUGGUGGUCUGGCUGCUGACGCUCGCUGGCAUAGUACCACUUCUCAUGAUGAAGCAAACAACUUGGUUUGAGGGUGGCAUCUCCUGCUUUGACACUUGGGCAGACCCUUCAAUGAUGUCAUACCUCUUUGUGUUCUUCGUCCUUCUUUGCAUCAGCUUCAUCCUGCCGCUGUUUGUCAUCUUAGUGAGCUACUCUAUUAUUAUAUAUGUGCUCUGUACUAAACAUGAUCACUCAUCAUCUUCCUCAGACACCCGAAGGAGGGCUGCAAUAAUGGCUUCUGCUGUGCUGACUGAGUUUGUUGUGUGCUUUGUACCAUCUAAUGUCCUCCUGAUUUACCACUGCGUUUGUUUAAUGAAUGGUAGAGAUGGGUUAAAUACCUAUCCACCUUACAUGUUUGCUGUGUGUUUGGGAAGCGUAAGUGUUUUUCUGGACCCUCUUCUUUACUACUACAGAUCAUCUCAUUACAGACAGCAGAUCUGCUCUGUGUUUUGUGUGGGUCAGAAAGGCAGAAAGAGAUAUCGUACCAUUAAACACAAUCACACAAAAUCCUCUCAUCUAAGCUGCACUGUAAAACAAACAAAUAGCCUAAAUAAAAAGCAGAUCUUACUCUGUAGUAAGUAAAUGUGUGAAAGAGAGAAAUCUAUCUAUCUAUCUAUCUAUCUAUCUAUCUUGCCACAUCACCUAUAUCUCUGUCUCUCUAUUAAUAAAUAAAUAAACACAAUAACAAUACCUGAAUUACCAUUCGACUGAAGCCAUGUGAUCAUUGAUUUUACUGAUGUCUUGGAUCUACAUUUGCAUAGCUGUGAUUUAAAACAGUCCUCUAGGUCAGGGGUUUAUCAAUAUGUCUACCCAAUAUUGGCUGAAUAAACCAUACAACUUAUGGUAGACAAAUCUGUUGUUUGAUGU